AGGCAUGGUGAUGAAGACGGGGGACAUGGUGCGCGUCUCUGCUUCGGUGAUUCUGGUGGGCGUCGUUGAGGGACGGGGUCAAGGACAUGCUGCUAACCCUUUGUAUCGCCUUCAUAUUUUCAGUGAACUCUAGGAAGGAAUUGGUGGCAACCCUGUGUAUCUCUUUCGUGUGGUCAUCGAACUCCAGGAGGGGGGGCGAGUGUGAAAGGGUGUCUGACGAGGAGCAGGAGGCUGUGAAUCCUCAGCCCAAACGCAGACGCAUCCUGGACCCUUCAGCCAUCAUCUCGGUCCCCGUUUACACCAACCAGGUAAGCAACGGUUUGCAGCUGAAGCAAAUCUCAGACGACGGGGCAGACGACGGGGCAGACGACGGGGCAGACGACGGGCAGACGACGGGGCAGACGACAGUUUAUGGUUUCAGUUUUUCCCUCCGAGCAGCAGAACAACCGCCGUCUCCUACAUUGACUCCGAGGAGGACGAAACAGAAGUGCCUGAAGAAAACACAACCGGCCAUCUUUAGCUCCCCGUCUCCUCCAGGGAGUCCGGAGGUGCUUCAGUCCAGACAUGCCAAGAACAUGAUCAAUAAGACCGACAUAAAGCUGAGGGCGGCCAACACUAUAGAGUCCCCUGAACCCAGAAGACGGCAUUUCAUCGAGGAAGACGAUGAUAUCAUCUGCAUAAACCCGAUUUCUGGCCCUCAGAAUUCUCCGUACAGCGAGUCGUUACGGGAAAUACCGCUCAAGAUCCGCUGCAUGACACACGUACACAAGAUCCCCGUGCUGUCGUCGACGCCUUUAAGUGACGUGCUGACUCGGCUAUCCGUCAUCCUAGACGCCCCUCCCCCUCGCCUCAUGCUGCUGAGAAAGGAAGAGGUGCUCCCGGCGAACUCCACCGUCGGCGAACUCGGCCUCGGCAUCGCUGACAUCAUCGAGUGUGUGGUGAUGGCAGCAGAAGAUGGCAGCGCCACAGAGAGCAGCAGCAGCCUGACUGUGAGGCUACAGAGCAAAGACAGAGACUCCUCUCAGGAGUUCUCCUUGCACAGAGAUGCUCCGCUGGGCUCCAUCUUCUCCCAGUACAUGUCCAAGAUGUCCGCCCCCUCCAAGAGUAAGUGGCGCUUCCACUUUGACGGCUGCAAAGUGACGGACAGGCAGACUCCGGCACAGCUCGACAUGGAGGACGGUGACAUCAUCGAAGUUUGGACCUAGAUCAAUUCAUUUUGCAUUAACCAUAGCGUGCUGCAGGGAUGAGUCCUACACCCCUGAAAUUCGUUUUUAAUUUCAUUUUAGCUAUUCCUACUCGUCUCAUUCAACGUUUUUUUGGAAUGUUAUUUUCAUUAGAAGCAUGAAAUAAGGUGUGUGCUUAACACAAGCUUAAGAGAUUUAAGGUUUUAUUAACCCACUUUUCAAGCUUCUAAAUGCCAUCACAGCAAACAUUAGCCGCAUUUAGCUUUGCGUGGUGACAAAAAGGAAUUUUUGACCGUUUAGCCUAACGUUAACACUUUACUUCUGGAAAUUGCUUUUAGGCUUCAACAAUUAUACAGUAGCGUUAAUAUCUAUAAAUUAUAAUGCAGAACCAAACGUGUUAGUAUCAUUAAUGUUUGUCUGCCACAGAGCUUAUUUUCCGCAAUAGUAAAACAAAAAACAAUGGAAAUCUACUGGUUUGGUAGUGCAGUUACAUUAUCUCUAAAAGUCACUUUAUUUGUAGAUGUUAAAUACAGAGUUAAUAGGGUUAUAUGAUAAACCAUUUCUUUUUUUAAACAGAGUAAAUAAGCCCUCAUUGUACAAUUGUAUACUUGUAAUGUUUUUGUGACUGUACAAUAAUACUUGUUAAUUUUUUACUGUUACUGGAAAUAAUAAAAUGAUUAGAAGUUACUUAUGUCAUAGUGGAAGAAGUAUUUAUAUAUUGUUACAAAAGAAACGGAACCACAUUGUUAAAAUAUUGCAAAGUAAAAGUCCUACAUUCAAAAUGCUGUUGACUAUCAAAAUGUGUUUUUUUCAUCCAUUCAUUUAAAAUGUCUUUAUUUUUAUUGUUA